GUCUUGUUGAUGCAACGUGAGCUGUGCUAACGUGACCAGAGAUCUGACAGCAGCACGGAAAACACUGUGAGCACGCUUAGAGAUGCCACUGCCCGCAAUGCUAUCUCGCGUGGAUUCCUGAAUACGGAAAGAAGACAGCACAAAUUCCUGCCGAACUACCAAAUAACAGUCCAUCUGCAUUCCUGAGCGAGCGCGCUACCGCACCCAGCAACACGGUCUGUUUUGCGCAAGGCGCAAAUAUACAUACACCUUUUCGAUAUGAGUUCCACCGUCAACCACCUCUUGUUGGCCGUUGUCGCGUGUGCGCCUUGGUCAGAGUCUCUCGUUUACUCACCUCACCUUCGUUUUGUUUCUUGGUUCCUCUAGCACGCCAUGGUUUCUUCGAACACUCCUCUAAGGAGUCUGCUCCUCGGCUUAUGGCUGAGCUAUCCACUUCCUCUGAGCGCACAGGACAACUCAGCAUGUCUUAUUGUCUCGAGAUUCAUCCAGACUUACACCGUCCGCGAGCAAGCCGUAUCGAUUAACACCGAUGUCCUCACAAAUACUACAUUCUACCCGAUCCCUCAAGCGCCUGUCACGAUCACCAAUGCGCCGACAAGCAUCAACGCAGUGUCCACUUUUCGAUGGACCCAAGCAAACGUGCCCAUGUCAAUCAUCAGUUCUCCAUACGCGCCCUCUACAGCCCUUGCAUACCCAAGUCUGGCACAGUCUGGAGCGAUGUCCACACCAUAUCCUGAUCUGGGCGACUACUAUGUUAUUGCAGCAAUGGGCGCACGAGGAGCACAAAAGCGUCAGGCUGGCGGUACAUAUAUCAACGGCAACGGCACAGUAUCCAACGAUUGUACAACAACGCCAAUCUACCAAAUCCGCAAUGGCAGUCUCAGCGCUAUCAUCAAUGGCGUAGCUUACACCUACUCCACUGAGCCUGGUGUGCCUUAUCAGCUAUUUAUCCCAUCGACUUCUCCUGGCACCAUCCAGUCGACGUUCUCUCUCGCGCAGGCAGGUGAGCUUGUAUGGAUGAACACCGGCUUCGCAAGUGGUGAAGCUCAAUUUUGUUCCAUGAACAACGGAAGCAUCUACGCAGUCUUCCAGGAUGGAGCGGCUCCACAAGGCUGUCUGAAGGUGCAGCUGACGCUGUUCUCGACGUCUUCUUGUGCUGGACUCAUCUUGUCGACGAUUGUUGGCCCUACUGGUCCAACGGGUCCUACCGGUCCGACUGGUCCUACUGGUCCAACUGGUCCUACAGGUAUUUCCGGUGCUGUAGGAGCGACAGGUGCUACGGGUGCUUCAGGUGCCUCAGGCGCGGUAGGCGCUACUGGUGCUUCAGGUGCGGUUGGUGCCACAGGUCCGACGGGUGUAUCAGGUGCCGUCGGAGCCACUGGAGCCUCAGGAGCAGUUGGAGCCACCGGUGCAUCGGGUGCAGUUGGAGCCACUGGAGCAUCGGGAGCAGUCGGUGCCACUGGAGCCACUGGUCCAACGGGCGCAUCAGGUGCGGUCGGAGCCACAGGUCCAACGGGUGUCUCAGGUGCCGUUGGAGCCACUGGAGCGUCAGGAGCAGUUGGAGCGACUGGUGCAUCCGGAGCCGUCGGUGCUACUGGUGCUUCAGGCGCAGUCGGAGCCACAGGUCCAACAGGCGCAUCGGGUGCAGUGGGCGCCACAGGAGCGUCAGGAGCAGUUGGAGCGACUGGUGCAUCCGGAGCCGUCGGUGCUACUGGUGCUUCAGGCGCAGUCGGAGCCACAGGUCCAACAGGCGCAUCGGGUGCAGUGGGCGCCACAGGAGCAUCUGGUGCAGUUGGAGCGACUGGUGCCUCAGGUGCUGUUGGUGCUACCGGUGCUUCAGGCGCUGUCGGAGCCACGGGUCCAACGGGUGCAUCAGGCGCAGUAGGCGCUACAGGAGCAUCUGGUGCUGUCGGUGCUACCGGUGCCUCAGGUGCUGUCGGUGCCACUGGUGCUUCAGGCGCUGUCGGUGCUACCGGUGCUUCAGGAGCUGUCGGAGCAACUGGUGCUUCAGGAGCUGUCGGAGCAACUGGUGCUAGUGGUGCAGUGGGCGCCACAGGCGCGACCGGUCCAGCUGGCCCUACCGGUGCUUCAGGCGCUGUCGGUGCUACCGGUGCCUCAGGAGCUGUCGGAGCAACUGGUGCUAGUGGUGCCCCGGGAGCUACUGGAGCUUCUGGAGCAGUGGGCGCUACAGGAGCAACGGGUCCAACUGGUGCCUCAGGAGCCGUCGGAGCCACUGGUGCUACCGGUGCUACCGGUGCUACCGGUGUCUCUGGAGCAGUCGGAGCUACUGGUCCUGCUGGAUCUGCUGGUGCCUCAGGAGCUGUCGGUGCAACUGGUUCUCGCGGACGCAGCUUCUGGUCCUCCUGGCCCAACGCCUUCGGCCUACGCUCGAUUCGGUUACCUAGGCUGCUUCGUACAGACGGGCAACAGCGGUUCGUCAACCGGACUCGCUCUGCCUAUUUACGGAGGCUCGUACGCAAAUGCAGCGGCCGCAGCCUGCAGAGAUCUAGCCAUCGCUGCAGCCGUCAUCUAUUACGAACUUGUCAACACUGGAUCAUCAACAGUGGACUGCUUCUACGGCGACCAGAUCACAUACGUCACAUCGCAAACCGGUGGACUUGGACUGAAUGGCGCAACGGGCGACGCAGGAGACAACAACUGUUAUCCAUGCAACGGAGGCCCGGUCCCUGGUUCGAUUGCAGGAGCUUGCGGCAACCAGACAGUCGGGACUGCAGCAAUUUAUGCGCGAGCCUUCUAAGAUAUGUAGAAGCAGCAACGACGUUCCGGUGCCGAAUGUUGGAUGUAGAUAUGCUAUGCGGCUUACACACAAGCAUAAUUAUUAGCGCUCAUGUUGCCUUGCGCUUUCGGUACAACUUUCGGACGUGUUUCAUGGUGCUCUGUUACAGCCAUCUGAUCUGAUCUAAUCGCUUCCGGCGACCCGCGAGUGACAUGUUCGUUCUCGUCGGUGUUCUCAGCAUGCCUUAGCCGCCUCCGUGGUCGUUCCAGCUCGUGCUCA